GUCCCUCGGACACAGCAGAUCACCAAUCACGGAAAGAGCCGAAGAUGUCGGCUCGGUCAUGUGAUCAGCUGUGUCCAAAUCACAGCUGAUCACACUGAUCAUCAGGGCACUGAUGAUCAGUGUGCCCUGAUGAUCAGUGUAGCCCCAGCAGGGUCACCUGUAAGUGUCCAUCAGUGCCUCGUGCCAGUGCCACAUUUCAGUGCCUACCAGUGCACAUCAAUGCCACAUAUCAGUGCCCAUCUGAGCUGCCUUUCAGUGUCACCCAUCAGUGCCAGUCAGUGCCACCUAUCAAUGCCAAUCAGUGCUGCCAAUCAGUGCCACUUAUCAGUGCCACCUAUCAGUGCCAGUCAA